AUGCAUCUAGACCAUAAGCUCCCUUGGAACACAAUCUCUUCCCACUUCGGCUUCAUCAAAGAGAACCAAUACAAGAACUGCAAGAACGACUUUAUCAUCCACGACCGCUUCAUCGAUCGCCAGUCCGCUGAGUUAAACCACUUUAUGAAAACCCUUAUCUCCGUGAUCGAGGAGUUUGCAACUACUGAGCGAGCUAAGUACCCACCGGCUACCACUCUGCCAACGUCCGGACCUCUUUUCGACGCGGCUAUCCUACCGGCCAUCGAACAGAAAUACCACCUCGAACCACACAGAACCAACUCCGCAGUCUCCAAUCCCCUUUGUGAAGAAUUCCAGAAUGUCGACCAUUGGAUCAGCCAGGCGCCAUAUAGCACCGCUGAUGGGGACCUAGCCGAUGCCGUGAAAAUGCUCCUUAUAUCGAACGAGAUGCUCGCUUUACUACGUCUAGCAAACCACAAGCAGAUCCCGCUCGCGACCCUUGAUUCUCUAAGCUGGGGCCACAGCUUCGGUGUCAACCAUCUCCCGGACGUAGCUCUGCAAGCCUACCUACUGCUGAACAUCGCCGCUGCUGUGAAAGCCAACGCCAAACGCGGGUCUGCAGACGAUACUGUCCGUCUGACGGAGACGCAGCGGUUCAGGUACUUCGCCAACUGGGCUCUGGCAGAUCAUGACUAUCCUGCACAGAAUAUCCCACAUCGUCUGUUUUGGAAUGCGAAGGGUAUUACUGAUGGUCAUGGCUCAUCGUGGGAUCCGUUGAGCUUGGAGAUGGAUGUGGAAAGGGCAGAGAUGAAGGCGUAUUUGAAGGUGUGUUUUGAGUUGUUGUAUCGCUAUGACCUUUUGAUGAGGGAGCUGGGUAGAGAUCCAGGGUGGAGGGAGAGGAUCCUGGGCAUUCUGCGUCUGUGGGGAGCCCGGUCUGUUACUAUGGAUGAAUCGGGGUUCUGCUUUGCCUAA